UGAUAACAUGGCUCGAAAUAAGCAUCACAGGUCCCGUGGUACCAAGGCUACAUACACGUUCACAUCUCUUCACCAAAAUAUCCUUGAAGCCAUAUCAUACGAUAUCAACCACGCCUGGUUUUGCGGGGCCAAGAAUCGGCAGAUUCCAGAAAACGAAUAUCAGACACAUGUUAUGGGCAAGUUUAGAUGCGUCAAUGUGGCCUGCGACGCUACAUGUUGGAGUAGUAAGAAGGUGGCUAUACUGAUUCGAGGCUUCUCGAACAACGGCUACAACGCUGAAGUCUUUGGUCAGCGUUGUAAAUCAUGCAAUAAUCUCGGCUUGCUGGAACUAGACGAGGAGUCUUACGUGGAGCGAGUGGCGUACAGGGUCAAAAAGUGGGCAGGAGUCCACGCGGAGCGUCCGGUAUAUAAUGGAAAGGAAGGCCCGCCGCAUGAGAGGAGUUUAUGUGAAGGAUGCAAGAGGGGGGUCUGCCGAUUGGGAGACUAA